AUGUUUUAAUAAUCCUAAUUUAGUGAUCAAAAAAAUCAAUCAGGAUACAAGCAAGGAAUUAAUUAUAAUGAACAAGUUACAAACAUGACCAUCAAGAUGAUCAAGAAUAUUAAAAUAUCUACAACUGAUAGAAAUGAAAUCCUUUACUUUGAUAAACCAAUAACAUUAAUCCAAUUAGUAGCUAGAUAUGAAUAAACAAAAGAGGCAGAUGGCAAAGGGUUUAUAUUGGUUAAUGAUGACAGCGGGGAUCAACAACUUAGUCUCUUAUUUUCUGAAGGUGCAUAUAUUAGAGAAAUGUUUGAUGAAUUGAAAAAAGAUGAUCCAAAAGCUUCUUAUUAUUAAUUUUUGCUUAGAGCAAGAGUCAACAAAGAUACAAUUCGCUUUGAUAUUAUGAAUAUAAAAAAAAUAGGUGAACAAGGUUAUAUAGUUUCACAUAUUCUAAAUAUCAUAUAAUAGGCAAUAAAAUAUGGUCAAGUAAAAAAUCAGAAUUCUGUAUAAGCAAAGACUUAAAUUGAUGAAGAAGAAUAGUAGAAUCGGACCUAAUUAAGUUUGUCAACAAGAGUAAUUAUUACUUUAAAUUAGAUCUUAAACUUUUUUAAAGCAUAAACCCACUAAUUAGGGUCUGUUAGCAUCACUUAGUAAAGUAUUAUUAAUGAAUUUACAUAAACAGAUGGUUUAUAAGACAUUAAGUAAUUAAUUCUCUAUUUCAAAGAUCAUCAAUUAGACAAUUGUUAGAUAAUGGGAAUAUCUAAUCGGGAUAGGGUGUAAAUACUUAUAUGUUAGUUGAUUGAUAUAUAUAUAUAAUUA